CAGCGACAGGGUUCUCUUCAGAACAGAAACCGAGGGAAGAAACGCAAAUCCAAUCUAUUUCCCAAACUACCCCUCCGCAUCUCCCUCUCUACUUCCCUCCCCCGCCCCUCUCUCUCAUCUACGGAAGACAUGGAGAGCCAGAAUCGGCGUGAAAAACCUACCAGCUCUGCCAGGAGAAACUCGAAGAAGCGGAAGCUAUCGGAGGAUUUCGACGCAGAUUGCACGGCCGCCGCUGCGUCGACUGGUAAAGCUCGAGAAGAUAUCGUCCGCGAUGUUCUCGAUCAGGUCGAAAUCCUCGAUUCCGCUUUCUCGUCCACCGAGGUGGAUCGGGCCGCUGCCAAGAGCGCAGUACACGUUCUUUCGGAACUUGCCAAGAACGAGGAAUUUGUAAGUUUAAUUGUUGAAUGCGGGGCCGUCCCAGCGCUGGUGAGGCAUCUCCAGGCGCCGCCGCCGUUGAGAGAAGGCGACAGUACUUCGAAUCCUUACGAACAUGAGGUCGAGAAAGGAAGCGCUUUUACACUUGGGCUUCUUGCUGUAAAACCAGAACAUCAAGAACUAAUUGUUGAUGCUGGAGCUCUAUCCCAUCUUGUCAAUCUCUUAAAGAGGCAUAACGAUUGUCAAAACUCUAGAGCUGUCAAUGGAGUUAUCAGGCGAGCAGCAGAUGCAAUCACCAACCUUGCUCAUGAGAAUAGCAACAUCAAAAUCCGUGUUAGGCAUGAAGUGGGAAUCCCACCACUUGUCGAUUUGCUUGAAUUCAAUGACAUGAAAGUGCAGAGAGCAGCAGCAGGGGCUCUGCGGACUCUUGCCUUUAAAAAUGAUGAGAACAAAAAUCAGAUUGUAGAGUGCAAUGCUUUGCCUACUCUUAUGCUAAUGCUCCAGUCUGAGGAUGCUGCUAUACAUUAUGAAGCGGUCGGUGUGAUUGGUAAUCUGGUGCAUUCAUCCCCUAAAAUUAAGAAGGAAGUUUUGCUUGCUGGAGCUUUACAACCUGUAAUUGGAUUACUGAGUUCCUGCUGUUCUGAGAGCCAAAGGGAAGCAGCUUUGUUGCUUGGGCAAUUUGCAGCUACUGAUUCGGACUGCAAGGUGCACAUCGUUCAGAGAGGUGCUGUCCCACCAUUAAUUGAGAUGCUUCAGUCCUCUGACCCCCACCUGAGGGAAAUGUCAGCAUUUGCAUUGGGGAGGUUGGCACAGGAUACUCAUAAUCAAGCUGGGAUUGCCCAUAGUGGUGGUAUUGUGCCAUUACUGAAGCUUCUUGAUUCAAAAAAUGGAUCCGCACAACAUAAUGCUGCUUUUGCUCUUUAUGGACUUGCAGAUAACGAGGAUAAUGUUGCUGAUUUUUUGAAGUUUGGAGGCUUUCAGAAGUUUCACGAUGGAGACUUUUUUGUGCAACCAACCAAGGAUUGUAUAGCCAAGACUAUAAAAAGAUUGGAGGAGAAAAUCCAUGGACGGGUCUUGAGCCAUUUGUUGUACUUAUUGCGGGUUGCAGAGAGGGUUGUUCAAAGACGAGUCGCACUGGCUCUUGCUCAUCUUUGUUCACCUGAUGACCAGAAGACUAUUUUUAUUGAUAACAAAGGACUGGAGUUGCUUUUAGAGCUGCUUGAAUCUACAAACCUGAAGCAGAAACGAGAUGGUUCAGAGGCAUUGUACAAGUUAGCUACGAAAGGCAGUUCUCUCUCUCCUGUUGAUGCUGCUCCUCCAUCACCAACCCCGCAGGUAUAUUUAGGUGAACAAUAUGUCAACAAUCCUACCCUUGCUGAUGUUACAUUUUUAGUUGAAGGCAAGCGGUUCUAUGCUCACAGGAUUUGCCUGCUUGCAUCUUCUGAUGCUUUCCGUGCAAUGUUUGACGGUGGUUAUCGGGAAAAGGAUGCUAAAGAUGUAGAGAUUCCAAAUAUCAGAUGGGAUGUUUUCAAAUUGAUGAUGAGGUACAUAUAUACGGGAUCAGUGGAUGUUGACGUGGAUAUUGCACAGGAGCUUCUCAGAGCAGCUGAUCAGUAUCUUUUGGAAGGGCUCAAGCGGCUCUGUGAGUGUGCCAUUUCAAAAGAUAUUUCGACAGAAAAUGUCUCUCUCAUGUAUGAGUUAUCAGAGGCUUUUAAUGCUACUUCGCUUAGGAAUGCCUGCAUCCUGUUUGUUUUGGAGAAGUUUGACAAACUCAGUGCAAUGCCAUGGUACUCUCAUCUUAUUCGACGUAUUCUACCAGAAAUGCGCAAUUACUUUGCAAUCGAACUUGGUAGGCAUAUGCAACAACCCAGCAUGCACCAGUAGGAGGCGUGGCGUGCCUUGGCUUGGCUUGAUUUUGGUUUUUGAUUUAGCAUUAAGAGUGCAAAAUGUACAGAAAUUGUGGGUUUAGCUAUUAUCUAGAAAAGAAAAAAAAAUGUAACUAGCAAGCAAAGGCAAUAGUCGUCUCUUAAUCAUCUCAAUUGAGAGAUAAUUACUAAUUCUGGAGUGUUAAUAGAAGUUAUGGAUUUUGGCAAAAGCUAUAUUUAGACUUAGGCGAGGGUGAAAAAGAGAUUUUUGGCUUUUUCCAUUUUGUGCCUCAGGCCACCAGCUAAGAUCUCAUUUAUUACACAUCUGUGCCUAAACUCCUAAACAUUGUUUCUAUUUAUUUUAACAUCAAUCAAUUGGAGGUGUUUAGGCAUAGAAUAAUAUGUAAUAAGUGCACCUUAGCAAUCUUGACAAUAACGAUACCAAUACAUGUUGCUUCG